AUGCCGGACGGGAGAAGUCAUAACUUCAACGGACGAGUACAAGGCGGUUCUAACGCCGAUAACGUGCUGGCCGAUUCUUAUGUGAAGGGCCUUCGAGGCGGUAUCAAUUGGACAGAUGGUUAUGCGGCCAUGAAGAGUGACGCAGAUGACUUGCCUUUUAAUAAUUUCGACCCGGAAGAUUUGACCGGGAGUACAAAGGAAGGCCGAGGCGCACUUCGAGACUGGAAACAAUAUGGUUAUGUCAGUCCGAAUUUCGGACGAUCUCUAAGUAAAACUGUCGAGUAUUCAUUAAACGACUUCUCAGUGUAUCAAGUAGCCAAGGGGGAAGCUCUAGACGACGCAAUGAAAUACCUCAAUGGUUCCGCGGGUUGGCAAAGGACAUGGGCCUCGGACGUAACGUCGCUGAAUUUUACAGGUUUCUUAGCGCCCACGUGGCCGAAUGGUAGUUAUCAGGACUACGACCCAAUAUCAUGCGGUGCCUGCGAAUGGAGUAGUAUAACCUACGAGGGUGUUCCGUGGGAGUAUAGCUGGACUGUCCCAUUUGACAUGGAAUCAUUGAUUUCUCGGAUGGGGGGCCCAACAAAGGCGGAGUCAAGACUGGACACCAUGUUUAUACCGGGCCUUGCAGGAUCGAAUGUAGGUGGGAAUGGCGCCGGUACGACUAUCUAUAACCCAGGAAAUGAGCCCAGCUUCAUGACGCCGUUCUUGUAUAAUUAUUUCCCAGAGCGGCAGCAUAAAUCAGUUCAGCGAUCCCGAGAGGUAGUAGAUCAAUUCUACAAUACGGGGCCCUCUGGAAUCCCUGGGAACGAUGACGCCGGUGCAAUGAGCAGCUGGUUAAUCUGGAACUUGAUCGGUCUCUACCCGGUUGUCACGCAACCGGUGUAUCUAAUCCUUUCCCCACGAUUUGAGAAUAUCACCGUGAGCGUUGGGGAGUCUGGCGCUGUUUUGAGAAUCAGAGCUACAGGGUUAGACGAGGGGCCGUAUAUACAGAGCUUGAAAGUCAACGGACAGCCGUGGAACCAAAGUUGGGUCAGCCACGAUAACAUAGUCCGACCUAACGGAGAGGAUAGCUUGCUCGAAUUUGAGCUCGGUGCUGAUAGGACUGCAUGGGACUCUGGUGAUGUACCACCUAGUCCUGGCCAUUAUGAAAUUUGA